CUGCAGUGUAACUCUUUAAUCCUUAUAACUCGACUUCUUUAAAUCGCCAUUUAAAAUGAAAACGUUUUCACAGCGUCGCUACAUUAAGCGGUUUGCAGAACAUUGCAACCUUACAGAAUGAAUUUUGCAUGAUUCUAUCUAUUCCUUGCAUUCAUUGAUUACGUUUCCUUAUGUAUUAACAAUGAGCUUCCAGUGCGUAGUGUCAGAUGCAUGCGAGAACAGCGGAAUAAACGAAGCUGCUGAAAUCAGAGCCGCAGUUGAGCGCCACAUUCAGGUUAUAGACAGACAGCCCCGUUGCGCUUAAACCAGAGAGCUCAAAAUAACCAUCAGUUUCAACGCAGCUAACGUUACGCGUCUGCCAUUUUUAUGAUGCUGCAUAUAACAUGGCGGUUUUUCAACGCGCAUCAGCUCGAAAAGAUCAUCUGAUACAAAAUCUCAUGUCGUUGAUCGUCCCUUUAAAAGGUAAAAGACAAAAUGCUGUCUUAUUGCUGUAACUGAUUAAUUUUAAAAUAUAGGUUUUCUCUUUAAAUAAUAUAGUUCGUACCCAUAAGAUAUCAAAGAAAAUGUCAAAACCGGGCACUGGAGUAAACUAAUUCAUCCAUCUGUCAGAAAAACAGCAGAAGAAAAUGAGAUACAAGAUCCCAGGAGCCGCUAUGGAUCGUGUUAGCCUACUUUGGCGGCUGCGUCGUCGUGCACGUCGAGGGGCCCUGUGCAUGGCACUGUUUUGUAUGACUAUGGCUGUCCUAUACACCUUUUGUGCUGAAAACAGCAUACCUGUCACAGAUGCCAUUUUUGGGGUGAAGGCAAGAACUCGAGCUCAACCGAGGGCACAUUCUAUUGUAAAGGUACUGCGUGGAACAGGGUCGAAGCCCAUUUAUACAGACCCUCAAAAGCUCCCAGGGGUCAUUCCUGGAGACCCUCAAAAGCCAAUUCCCAUCCUGUCAUCUUCCAACUACUCUAUAGAGCGCAGUAAUAAGGUGAGCAACCUCAAGGGCAAAAGAAGAGAACAUGGGCUUUUUUACUGGCUUCUGGCUCAACCAUUAAGACGUGCCGUAGAGACUAUUUUUGGAAGAAAACGGAAAGAAAUUAUGGGUGCUGCGAGUGGAGAUGAAGUUUUUUUCGGGCCUCAUGGGGCACUCGGAGAGGUCUGGAAUGAAGAGAUGUCAAGCACCAUGCUGGGAAAAAGGCUGAGGAAGGUGGUACAGAACUAUCAGGCAAUGAAUAAAUAUGGGGUUCAGUACCCUAGAGCUGAGAGUGGAGCACAUCGGUCAAAACUCAGUGGACCUGAACUUCUUUGUCAGAUUAAGGAGAUGGUACAAAUUACAACUUUAACACAAGACAUGGAGCCAUUUGCUGGGUUUUCAUGGGCUUCUCAGUUAUCUCCACGCCAACUCAUUUCUGAUAUCGGCCCAUUCAAGACCUGCGCAGUGGUUUCGUCUGCGGGUUCUCUAAAAAAUUCUGGAUUGGGAAAAGAAAUAGAUGCUCAUGAUGCAGUGAUACGGUUCAAUGCUGCACCGACAACAGGCUUCGAAAAAGACGUGGGCUCAAAAACAACAGUGCGUUUGAUCAACUCUCAGGUUAUGGCAUCAGAAGAUCAUCAUUUCCUAUCAAGCUCUUUGUACAGUGCGGGUAUUUUAGUAAGCUGGGAUCCUGCCCCUCACUCUUCUGAUCUGCGGGAGUGGUACAAUAAAACAGACUACCCAAUAUUUAAACAGUACCAGCGAUAUCGACGCUUACACCCUCAACAGCCAUUUUACAUUCUGCACCCACGAAUGGAGUGGCAGUUGUGGCAGCGAAUCCAAGACAACAUGGGCGAGUCUAUACAAAAAAAUCCACCCUCAUCCGGCCUGUUAGGCACUGUUUUAAUGAUGUCUCUGUGUGAAGUGGUACAUGUGUACGAGUUCUUGCCCUCCCGUCGAAAAACCGAACUCUGCCACUAUUACCAGCGCUUCAGUGAUGCCGCCUGCACCCUGGGGGCCUACCAUCCAUUACUGUAUGAGAAAAACCUGGUAAAGAGGAUGAAUCAGGGGUCUGACCGUGAUAUUUACAUGUAUGGCAGGAUCACUCUUCCUGGGCUAAAGACACUUAACUGCACACACGGCUCAACGUCCGGCAUGAUAUCAAAGACUUAGAGUAUGCGGCUUUUAUUGUACGUUUUCAGAAUGUAACGGUAAAGUGCAUGACUCAUUUUACAACCGCAACAAGAAUCUCAUCUGGUUUCUGAGAGAGGUCAGGAGUUUGGUUGCACGUUUUUAGAAAUGGUAGAGAACGAAACCGAGGCAGAUGUCACCAAGAUCAAAAAUGAACCACUAGUUUUUGUUUAAUGAAAGGAAACUUCGUCUCACAGACAGCAAUGGUGUAAUUAAGAUGAAAGUUGUAUAUAUGUGUGAGCUGUCAAACUUUUCUUACCAACUUCACUAUUUAGCAUGACUAUCCAGUUAAUAGUGAGAAGUUGAUGGGUGUACAACAUUCCUGUUCCCAUAGUGGUAAAAUCAUACUGUUUGCUUACUUCUGCUUGCAAUAUACCUUUCCUCUCAAAUCAGACAAAACUACCAGAAUUACUUGCCGUCACAAACACAAGUUACUAUCAGCACAAAAUGUGGAUAUCUGUUUGACUAAAUAUUCAAAGACAAUAUAAAGCUCUUUCAUUGUGAGAAGAACUUAUUAUGUUCCCAUAAUACUGUAGCAAGUAAAGCUGAAUGCCCAAAGCUACCCUGCCACUUCCAUAAAUGCAACUCUGACAACAGUACUUACAAUAUCCUUAGAUUAUUUACAAAAACAUGGCCAACACCUAAUAAUGCUGUAAAGUAAUGUAUUUAAGAAAAGCUCUAUUAAAAGUAUGCAAAAGUAUAAAGUAUAUCUGUAUGCAUUCAGUAAAUACACUGUGACAUGCGUUUACUCUAUAGCACUCCAUAAUGCGUCAUAGGGCCGUUGAGCCCAGUCUUUGAAGAAUUUAUUUGCAUGCUUACCUACAAUUGCACUAUAUUAUAUAUAGCUUUGGUAAACUUGUAUUUAGUUGUAAUUAUAAACUUAAAGUCUGUCACAAUUAUGAAAAUUGGUUGACAAUUAUUUGUCUCAUAAAUAAUCAAAUAAUGUAAUUAUUGAUAGUCACAAAUUGUGAUUAAUUUAAUAUUUUGUAAAUUGUUACUUGCAGAAUAAGAUUGAUACAAUUAACAACUUUAAAUAUAAAAUUAAAUAAUUCAAUGAAAAAAAUAGACCUUUUAGAAAUGCUCACAUUCAGUAAAUAAUCAGAUCAGAAUAAGUCCUGAGGAUAAUUAUCUGAAAUAAUUGCAGUUAGGUCAUAUUUCUGGGAUCAGACGAUUGUUUCAAAAUUGUGACAGCACUACCUGAUGAAUGAGAUCAUUAUGGAAAAGUAAAAACUACAGUGCAUGUUUGUCCCCUUAACCCUCUUUAUUUUCCAAUCCUCAUUUAGCACCUGUCUUCAUUCAGGCAUGUAAUGCCCACGUUUAACAUUCAAAUCAAUUCCUAAUGGAAGUCAGGUGCUGCCUUUCAUUUUUACUUUAAAUAUUUCAUUUUGAAUUAACAUUUAGGCAUUUCUCAGACGCUUGUAUCCAAAGCGACUUAAACGGCAUUAAAAGUAUUCAUUUAUUCAAUUUUAAGAAAUCUUUUACACUGUUAAAGGUACAGUUUACCCCCCCCAAAAAAAAGUUCUGUCAUCAUUUAUUCACCCUCAUGUUGUUCCAAAUAUAUAUAAUGAAAUUUUUAUUCUGAUGAACACAGAGAAAGAUAUUCGGGAAUAUGCUUGUUACCAAACAGUUCUUGGCCACCAUUGACUACCAUCGUAGGAAAAAUUACAAUGGUAGUCAAAAGUGCCCCAGAACUGUUUGCGUUCCUCAAAUAUCUUAUUUUGUGUUCAUCAAAACAAAAAAUGUUAUGAAGCAGUUUUUAUGGUAGUCAAUGGUGGCCAAUAACUGUUUGGUUACAAGCAUUCUUCCAAAUAUCUUUCUCUGUGUUCGUCAGAACAAAGCAAUUUAUACAGAUCAAAUUGAGGGUGAGUAAAUGACCGAUCUGUACCUUUAACCCAAUACGUUACCAGUUAAGCUACAGGAACAUCUUUGCCUCAAAAUAUGAUUAAUGUUUUACCUUGACUUUAAAUUAAAAUUUGAAACUUAAAACUCACUCACGGAUAUUUGUAAACAUAUGUUUCUAAAUGCGAAGAAUCUUAAUAUGCAAUUUGUAGCAUUAAGUAGAUUACUGUAACCACAAAAAUGUUAUAUAACAAUUUUUUCCAUAUUAUGAAACACUAUGCUUGAUAACACACUGCUGAUGUCUGUCAACUAAAAGUAGAGUUUAGCUGUGUUUCUUGUAAAGUACUUUGUUGUUAUUACCUGCAUGAUCUCACCAAUUUAGCGUAUAGGAACUAAUCUGGUCUAUGCACACUGAACAACUGUCAAAUGUAUGUUUUAUUUUGUAUUUGUACGUGAUAUAUUGCUCUUUGUAAUAUAUGUUUAUUUUUUUAAUCUUCCUUGUUCAAAUUUAGUUUUCAUAAUAAAUUUGUGGUAGAUAUCUUGCUUUACAUUCAAAGUAAUGGUUUAUGGUAAAAAUUGGUGGAGAUAUGGGAAGAUUACUUUUGUAUUUUUUGGAUGACAUGUUCUAUGUUUGAAUUUAAACAAUGUGGUUCUUCAACACACUGACCAUUACAAGGCACUGGAACACUUAUGGCUGUAUCUUAAUCCUGCUACAUGGAUCACAAGGUUAAGACUUUUAGUAGGUGGACACUGUACGCUCUAAAAAAGAAAACGCUGAAUUUUCAAUUGAGCAAAGAGCUUUUUUCAUGUUCUCAGUUAACUUGAUUAUCUAAAUAAUAUAAACAGACAUGCCUGAAGUCUGACAUACCUCACGAAUGACACAAUCACAAGUUUUUUCCUUUGUAGAGAUCAAAGGCAAUCAUAAUGGACAACCCUUUUCUGUUUUGGUUUAUGUGUUGAAUAAGUGCACCAUUCAGUACUGGCUAAGUAUAUAAUGUGGUCAUCAAAUGGCAACUUUAAAAAAGAAAAAUCAACUUCACAUUUAAAAUCUGAUGUGUAUUAAAGGG